AUGGUGUGUUGUAGAUGAUGAGGGGGAGGGAGGGUGAAACACUGCUGCUGCUGCUGCACUAAUAUAGACUCUUACACCAUCCUCACUAACGAUGUUUGGCGCCUGAGACCUUGAUGAAAAUGGGAGAGUUUGUUAGCAGUGAUCAGGGCUCCACCACCGAAACAUCUUCAAAUAAAAGUGUUCUAAGUGUUAGAUUCGUAUAUGUUAAAGUGUAGUUGUGUAUAUGAACAAGUGUUGGUAUAACUUGUGUUAAGUGCACAAGUGUUACCAGUGAUGGAUGAAUAAUGACAACCUUCCUCACAACAUUUAUUAAACAUCUCGCUAGAAAUUCUUUCAAGGUUAUUGGUGACUAUCCAGUAAGAGUAGAAACCUGUUGUCAGUAUGGCAUUGGAAAGCAAGGCAACCUUGCGGACUGUCCGCAGGGUGCAGUUUGGUAUUUUAAGCCCAGAUGAAAUUCGCCGCAUGUCUGCAACUGAAGGUGGCAUAAAGUAUGCAGAAGUGUAUGAAAAUGGGAGACCAAAGUUGGGUGGGCUCAUGGACCCACGACAAGGGUGCUUGGAUCGCAACACCCGUUGCACUACAUGUGCUGGUAACAUGACUGACUGUCCUGGGCAUUUUGGACACCUGGAGUUAGCUAAGCCAGUCUUCCAUGUUGGUUUUUUAACCAAAACCAUGAAAAUAUUGAGAUGUGUUUGCUUUUAUUGCAGCAAACUUCUCUUCAAUGCACAAUACCCAAAAAUUCGUGAAAUUGUCACAAAAUCAAAGGGGCAGCCCCGAAAGCGUCUUCAACACGUCUAUAACUUGUGUAAGGGGAAAAUGAUUUGUGAAGGUGGAGAUGAAAUUGAUGUUAAUAAAGAUCCAGAUGACCCCAACAUAAGUAAAAAAGGAUCUGGUCAUGGUGGUUGUGGUCGAUACCAACCAAACAUAAAACGUGUGGGUUUGGAACUUGUUGCUGAAUGGAAGCAUGUAAAUGAAGAUACACAGGAUCGGAAGCAGAUACUCACUGCUGAGCGAGUGUAUGAGAUAUUCAAACACAUCACAGAUGAGGAGUGUUACUUGCUGGGCAUGGAUCCCAAAUAUGCCCGCCCUGACUGGAUGAUCAUGACUGUGUUACCUGUGCCACCUCUGCCAGUACGACCAGCUGUUGUCAUGCAUGGAUCAGCCCGUAAUCAAGAUGAUCUGACCCAUAAACUGGCUGACAUUAUCAAAGCCAACAAUGAACUUGUACGCAAUGAGCAAGCUGGUGCAGCUGCUCACAUUAUAAAUGAAAACCUGAAGAUGUUACAGUUUCAUGUGGCGACUCUAACAGAUAAUGAUAUGCCUGGAAUGCCAAGAGCAUUACAAAAAUCAGGUAGACCUCUCAAAGCUAUCAAAGCUCGCCUCAAGGGCAAGGAAGGCAGGAUUCGAGGUAAUCUCAUGGGAAAACGUGUAGAUUUCUCGGCUCGAACUGUGAUUACUGCAGAUCCAAACCUUCGUAUUGAUCAAGUUGGAGUGCCUCGAUCAAUUGCCCAGAAUCUUACAUACCCAGAAAUCGUAACUCCAUUCAACAUGACAAAAAUGAUGGACCUUGUGAAGCGCGGUAACAACCAGUAUCCAGGAGCAAAGUACAUCGUGCGUGACAAUGGGGCUCGGAUUGAUUUACGUUAUCAUCCAAAGCCAUCUGAUCUCCACCUUCAGUGUGGCUACAAAGUUGAAAGGCACAUCACAGAUGGUGACUUAGUUAUUUUCAACCGUCAGCCAACUUUGCACAAGAUGUCUAUGAUGGGACACAGAGUUAAGGUUUUGCCUUGGUCAACCUUCCGAAUGAACUUGUCAGUAACAUCACCAUACAAUGCUGAUUUUGAUGGAGAUGAAAUGAACUUACAUGUACCCCAGAGUAUGGAGACAAGAGCAGAGAUUGAAAACUUGCAUGUUACACCACGCAUGAUCAUCACACCACAGGCCAACAAGCCAGUCAUGGGUAUUGUACAGGACACCUUGACUGCUGUCCGAAAAAUGACAAAACGUGACGUAUUCUUGGAGAAGGCUGAGAUGAUGAACUUGUUAAUGUUCCUGCCAAUAUGGGAUGGACGCAUGCCCCAACCAGCCAUCUUCAAACCCAAGCCAAUGUGGACUGGGAAACAGCUGUUCUCUCUCAUCAUUCCUGGUAACCUAAAUUUGGUUAAAACCCAUUCCACCCACCCUGAUGAUGAAGAUGAUGGACCCUACAAAUGGAUCUCUCCAGGGGAUACCAAGGUCUUGGUGGAGCAUGGAGAAUUGAUUAUGGGUAUUUUGUGCAAGAGGACCCUUGGUGCUUCAUCUGGAUCUAUGUUGCACGUUGCCUGGAUGGAGUUGGGACAUGAAAUUGCUGGAAGAUUCUAUGGCAACAUCCAGACUGUUGUUAAUAAUUGGCUACUCUUGGAAGGUAUGAGUAUUGGAAUUGGUGACACCAUUUCUGAUCCUGCAACAUACAGAGUUAUCCAGGAUACCAUUCGCAAAGCCAAAGAGGAUGUGAUAGAAGUGAUCCACAAAGCUCAUAAUGAUGAACUUGAGCCUACUCCCGGUAACACGUUGAGGCAGACCUUCGAGAAUCAAGUGAAUCGUAUCCUAAAUGAUGCUCGAGACAAAACUGGUGGUUCUGCUAAGAAGUCAUUAACAGAAUAUAAUAAUUUAAAGGCUAUGGUAGUCUCUGGAUCAAAGGGAUCAAAUAUUAACAUUUCUCAAGUUAUUGCUUGUGUGGGACAACAGAAUGUUGAAGGUAAGAGGAUUCCAUUUGGUUUCCGUAAGAGGACGCUUCCUCACUUCAUCAAGGAUGAUUAUGGUCCAGAAUCCAGAGGUUUUGUGGAAAAUUCCUACCUUGCCGGUCUCACUCCCUCUGAGUUUUAUUUCCAUGCCAUGGGUGGGCGUGAGGGUCUCAUUGAUACUGCUGUGAAAACUGCAGAAACAGGAUAUAUCCAGCGACGUUUGAUAAAGGCUAUGGAGAGCGUAAUGGUAAAUUAUGAUGGCACAGUAAGAAACAGUGUGAGUCAAGUGAUUCAGCUCAGGUAUGGUGAAGAUGGCUUGGCUGGAGAGUAUGUAGAAUUUCAGAAAAUGCCAACUGUUAAACUGUCGAAUCAACGCUUCGAAGAUAAGUACAGAUUUGAUGUUACCAAUGAAAGAUAUCUACGUAGGCUGUUUAAUGAAGAUGUCGUUAGAGACCUGAUUGGUUCACCAGAGGCCAUAAGUAUCCUCGAGGGAGAAUGGCAAAAAUUAAUUGAAGACAGGAAUGGACUUCGACAAGUAUUCCCCAAGGGUGACACCAAAGUGGUGCUCCCAUGCAACUUGGAACGAAUGAUCUGGAAUGUACAGAAGAUUUUUCAUAUUAACAAGAGGACUCCAACAGAUUUGUCACCAGUGCGUGUUGUAGAGGGUGUAAGAGAAAUGUUGAAUAAAUGUACCAUUGUAACAGGAGAGGAUCGCAUCAGUUUACAGGCUAAUGAAAAUGCUACUUUCUGCUUUCAAUGUCUUGUAAGGUCAACUCUGUGUACAAAGAAAGUAGCUGAAGAGUACAAAUUAACUACAGAAUCCUUCAACUGGCUUGUUGGUGAAAUAGAGACCAGAUUCCACCAAGCAAUUGCUGCUCCUGGAGAAAUGGUUGGUGCUUUGGCAGCUCAGUCACUUGGUGAACCUGCUACACAGAUGACACUGAACACUUUCCAUUUUGCUGGUGUGUCAUCCAAGAAUGUAACAUUGGGUGUGCCAAGGCUGAAAGAAAUCAUCAACAUCAGUAAGAAACCUAAGGCUCCAUCCCUCACAGUGUUUCUGGUUGGAGCAUCAGCAAGAGAUGCUGAAAAGGCUAAGAAUGUUUUAUGUCGCCUUGAACACACUACUUUACGCAAGGUAACAUCCAACACUGCUAUCUACUAUGACCCAGACCCACAGAACACUUGUAUUACUGAGGAUCAGGAGUUUGUUAAUGUCUACUAUGAAAUGCCAGACUUUGAUGUCUCCAGGAUCUCUCCUUGGCUACUUCGCAUUGAGCUUGAUCGUAAAAAAAUGACAGAUAAAAAGCUGACUAUGGAGCAAAUUUCCCAGAAGAUUAACUCGGGUUUUGGAGACGAUUUGAAUUGCAUUUUCAAUGAUGACAAUGCAGAAAAACUCGUUCUGCGGAUCCGUAUUAUUGUUGGUGAUGACAAAUUGGCUGAUGAUGCUGAGGAACAGGUGGACAAAAUGGAAGAUGAUACUUUCUUACGAUGCAUUGAAGCAAAUAUGCUGAAUGACCUUACACUACAGGGCAUUGAGGCCAUCACCAAAGUGUAUAUGCAUUUGCCCCAGACUGAUGAGAAAAAGAGGAUCAUCAUUAAUGAACAUGGAGAAUUUAAGGCAAUAGCUGAGUGGCUACUUGAGACUGAUGGUACUGCCUUAAUGAAAGUUCUUUCAGAGAGAGAUGUAGAUCCUGUGAGAACUUCCUCAAAUGAUAUCUUGGAAGUAUUUGAAGUCCUUGGAAUUGAAGCUGUCCGUAAAUGUAUCGAAAAGGAAAUGAAUGCAGUGCUUAUGUUCUAUGGACUGUACGUGAACUACCGUCACUUGGCUUUGCUUUGUGACGUUAUGACCAGCAAAGGUCACUUGAUGGCAAUCACACGUCAUGGUAUAAACAGACAAGACACUGGAGCAUUAAUGAAGUGUUCAUUUGAAGAAUCUGUGGACGUGUUAAUGGAAGCUGCCUCUUGUGCUGAAGUAGACCCUAUUCGUGGUGUUUCGGAAAACAUCAUGUUAGGUCAGCUUCCCAAAAUAGGUUCUGGGUCAUUUGACCUGGUCUUAGAUGAUGCUAAGUGCAAGUUGGGCAUGGAGAUCCCCAUGCCUGGAACAGGUAUGAUGAUGGGUGGAGGAAUUUUUGGUGCUGCAUCACCAUCCUCUGGCAUGACACCGGCCCAAACCCCAUGGGCCUCAGGAGCAACACCAUCAAUGUCGCCAUAUGGUGCAUGGACCCCAGGUGUAGGAAGUGGUAUGACACCAGGUGGACCAUCCUUCUCUCCAGCUGCAGCAAGUGAGACCACAAGUCUAUCACCAGGGUAUUCUCCAGCAUGGUCUCCACAGCCUGGCAGCCCAGGGUCUCCAGGCUGCACAAGUCCAUACAUUCCAAGUCCAGCCAAUGCACUAUCACCCUCCUACUCUCCAUCAUCACCAGCUUUUCAGCCUACAUCUCCAAGCAUGACUCCAGCAUCUCCAGGAUAUUCACCAACAUCACCUACCUACAGUCCAACAAGCCCUCAGUACUCUCCAACCUCACCACAGUACUCUCCAACAAGUCCAUCUUAUUCUCCCACAUCACCAUCUUACAGUCCCACCUCUCCAUCAUACUCGCCAACAUCACCAUCAUAUAGUCCCACCUCUCCCUCGUACUCUCCAACAUCACCAUCCUAUUCUCCAACUUCUCCAUCUUACUCACCUACAUCUCCAUCAUAUUCUCCUACAAGUCCCUCAUAUUCACCUACUUCCCCAAGUUACAGUCCCACUUCUCCCUCCUACUCUCCUACUAGUCCAUCUUAUUCUCCCACAUCACCAUCUUAUUCUCCCACAUCACCAUCUUAUUCACCUACAUCUCCCAGUUAUGCUCCUAACUACUCUCCAUCAUCUCCUGGAUAUUCUCCAACCAGCCCUUCCUACUCCCCAACUAGUCCAUCUUAUUCACCGAGUUCUCCUCAGUACUCUCCAGCUUCCCCAUCCUAUUCACCAUCUUCCCCCAAGUAUUCACCCACAAGCCCCAACUAUUCACCAACAAGCCCAACCUACUCACCUGGCUCUCCUUCAUAUUCCCCCAGUUCACCAAAAUAUUCACCUACAAGUCCAACUUACUCACCCACCUCUCCUUCGUAUUCCCCAUCCUCUCCUAAAUAUUCUCCUACAUCACCCAAUUACUCACCAACGUCACCCAAGUACUCUCCAACAUCACCCACAUACAGUCCCUCCAGUCCUCGAUAUAGCCCUUCAAGUCCAAAAUAUUCCCCAACAUCUCCAACCUACAGUCCAAGUAGCCCCAAGUAUAGCCCAACUAGCCCAACUUACAGUCCAACUACUCCAGGUUAUAGUCCAACAUCACCUUUGUAUUCUCCAAGUUACGAAGAUGAUGAAGAGGAACAAAGGAGAAAGCAGAAAAAGAAAUCCAAGCGCUAAAAUUUGGAGUACAGGUAUUGAUAGGUUUAGUGUUAGAGAUUUUGUGUAUCAAGUUCUGUAUUAGUAGAAACAAAAUGGCACUCUUGUUUAGGUAAAAAUUAAAACCCAAAUAGGCUUUUAAGGACAUAAAAUAUAUUUAUUUUCUUCACAUUUUACAGCUAAGCUUUUUUCAUUCACCAUUUUCCUCUGAACCUCUGAUAACAAAUUAUUUUUGCCCUAGAUUUCACUUAUGGCUUUUGUAUUGCUUUAGUUAUCUUUCAUAUACUGUAUGUAGUCAUAAAUGUUCUCAUGAAUAUAAAAUAGGAAAUAUACAUACAAUUACUUAAUUUUAUGUUAUUGAGAGGUACAUUAAUUUGAUAUAAUUGUGAAAUCACUUUUUUUUUGUCCUUUUGAUUUUUAAUUUGACUAUUUCUAUGUGAACAUGUAUACCCAAUUUAUAUGGUGAUCAUAUUUUUUUGUUUGUAUUGACUAAUAAAAUAUAUAAAAUUCA